CUCAUCAUCAGAGCUGUCCAGCAGAGGGCAGCAGAAGCUCAACUCGCAGUCCCAGAGCAGUGAGCGCCGUCAGGAUUACUCCUUUAACAACCAUGAAAGGUUCCCCUGAUCUGAUUCCCUCUGCAGAUUUGGACCCGAGCAGAGUGUGCAAAGGGAAAGGCGUGGUGACCCUGAGGGCGACCCUCGUCCACAUCGACGACGACGACGGUGACGAGCCGAAUGUCAUCACAGCUGCAAGCAGCUGGACCGGCCAGAUUAAUGGAGACAGAUCCAGUGCAGGAGCGGCCGAGGGCAGCAGCAGCAACGCGCCUCAUUUACCUCCUGAGAGCAACCAGGCCUUUUCACCCAGAAGCAUAAGAGAAAACGAAGCUGCUUCUCCUCCAGAUGCUCUGCACGUUAACCCCUCGGCUCCCGGUUGUGUUUAUCCCCGCACCAGUUCGGUCAACCCCACCAUCGUCCUGCUGCAGCACAACAGAGAGCAGCAAAAGAAUCCGCCUCACUUCGAAGAGCCGGCCCCAGACAAAGGCCCCGAUCCCAGCAGGGACUCAGUGAGUCCAGGCUCCGACAUGGACGGGUCGGGGCAGCGGCUGUCGCUGCACUCCCCCGUCCGCGGCCCCAUAAGCAAACCCAUUGUGCCUGUUCGGAACACUGAAAAGUCCAAGGACUGGUAUAAGACCAUGUUCAAACAGAUCCAUAAAUUACCCGAGCCUUUUGAGGAAAACCCCUACCGCCCCACCUACAUUUUCCCCGAGACCUUUGACAUUCGCAUGACCCCAACAGACGAUGGUCCCACCCCGUAUGUUUACCUGGAAGAUGGAAGAACUGUUCCGCGCUCUAAAAGCGACGACCUGGUGGACUCCAGAGGGAGACUGAUGCCGGUUCCAACUCGGUCCUCGUCUCUCAAGCCGUCUGCCAGAAGGAGCGAGUGGGAGCCGCCGGAAAAGAAGGUGGACACCAGGAAGUACCGCGCCGAGCCCAGGAGCAUCUUCGACUACGAGCCGGGGAAAUCCUCCGUCCUGAAGCUGGAGAGAACGGAUGUAAGUCCAGAAGAUGUAGAUUUAGAGAAUGAGCCUUGGUAUAAAUUCUUUUCAGAGAUGGAGUUUGACAAAGCGAGUGCCCCCUCCUUCAGCCCUCUGGAAACAGCCUCCGACCUGCAGCAGUACUCCUCUAGCAAGUCUGGACACAACGAGGUGGAGAAGGACGGGGGGUCGUCGUCCGGCGACCCCGCCGCUCCAGAAUGCGACCGACACGUUUACAAGAGCAUCCUGGAGGGCGGCGACAUUCCCCUGCAAGGCCUGCGGGCUUUAAACAAGCGCCAUGGCAGCUCCUCCUCCUCUAAAGUGGAUUAUAAAGGUGGGAAUGGCUAUUUAAUUUCACCCUGCUCCUCUGUAAAUAGUCGAACGGUUCUUGCCAGUAAUGCAAUAGGUGACCAGUGUAAGAGUAAGAAGCCCCUGUCUGCUGCCAAGGCCUGCAUACCGCAGAUCCUGCCCUCUAAGUUCAAGCCCAAGCUGCUGCCCCCUGGUGGUGACAGUCGGGACUGCAGGAGCGAUGGCGCCCGACAGCCCAAGUCUCACAGCUGCGAGGAUAUCUACCCAGGGCGCUUUGGUGAAGAGGAGGACCGCAGCGUCUCCCCUGCGGUGAGACGGAGCGCGUCCGGGUUCUCCAGCCUGUACCGCUCCAUGCAUCACAUCCAGCGGCCCAGUUCGGUCGGCUGCAGCCCGCACGGCAGCGUCCGUAGCCUCACCUCGCUGUUUGAGGCGGCCCAGAGCGACGCAGAGAAGUCGGUCGGGACCGUUGGACGGGACAACGUGUCGUCACGGGUCAGCGAGUUCGAAACGAUGAUCCGGCUGUCUGGCGCCGCCCCCAGCCGCUCGUCAUCACUGCCCGCCCUGGACUCCGGGCGGAACCGCAGCCCGGACCGCGUGGCGUCCGCCGUGUCCGCCGAGGCACUCCUGACAACCGAAGCCACAACGACCGACGUUAGCGCUGCAGCGGAGGACGGGAACUGCAGGGUUUCGUCUCCGGAGGACGAGGUGGCUUCGUCGUCGGGGGAUGGACAGGAAGUGGAGCAGAUCCUCAGCGGAUCCAAAACCCCUCCACUCCACCACCACCACCACCACCACCUGCACCACCUCAACCAUCCACUCCUCCUCAAGCCCAGCAAGUGCAAAGGCGCCUGCCCGGCCUCCUACACCCGCUUCACCACCAUCCUGCGCCAUGAGAGGCAGCAGGAGACACCGGCUGCUGUGGAGAGGAAGGCCAUGCUGCCAGGAAACCUCUUCCUCAUGGGCCCGGCGCCCUUCAGGUUACGGAAGAACCCACAGCCGCACCAAACCCGACGGACGCUGUUGGCCACCAGGGUGACGGCGGGCGCCCAGAGGCCCCUCAUCCCGCGGCGGCUCUCCUCCCUGGAGGUCGUGGAGAAGCUGGAGGGCGGCGGGACGGAGCGGCUGAGUAACGGCCAGGUGUUUGACGCCAACGGGAACCUACUGGCAGCUCACCAUAGAGACUCGUCCCCAGCUCACGGGGAAAGCCAGGAUGAAGUGUUGAGGAAGCGUCAUGGGGACAAAGAGAAAAUCCUGGAGGAGCAGCGGCGGCUGAAGCGGGAACAGGAAGAGGCCGACAUCGCGGCCCGGAGGCACACGGGGAUUGUUCCGACGCACCACCAGUUCAUCACCAACGAGCGCUUCGGAGACCUGCUCAACAUCACAGAUAACGCUGAGAAACGGAAAUCAGGCGUCGAGAGAACUCCGGCCAUGGCACGCUUUGACUUCAGAGCAGAAAGCCUAAAAGAAUUACCGUUUCAAAAGGGGGAUAUCGUGUACAUAAUCCGACAAGUCGAUCAGAACUGGUAUGAAGGCGAACAUCAUGGAAGAGUCGGCAUUUUCCCACGAAGUUACGUUGAGCUCCUGCCUCCUACAGAGAAAGCCCAGCCAAAGAAAAGCGCCCCGGUCCAGGUUCUGGAGUAUGGAGAAGCGAUCGCCCGCUUCAACUUUAAGGGAGACACAGUGGUGGAGAUGUCCUUCAGGAAGGGCGAGCGGAUCACGCUGAUCCGCAGAGUGGAUGAGAACUGGUACGAGGGGAAAAUCUCCGGCACCAAUCGGCAGGGCAUCUUCCCCGUCACCUACGUGGAAGUCCACAAGCGGCCGCGCGUGAAGAACGGCGUGGACUACCCGGACCCGCCGGUCAGCCACUCGCCGCAGCGCAGCACCAACGCCUCGCCGCAGCUGUAUCGUAACCACCUCACCACCUCCCCCCUGCCGCUGCCCCGCUCCCCCCGCCGCUCCGUCUCACCCGAGGUCCACGCCAUCUCCUCCGAGUGGAUCUCUCUCACCGUGGGUGGUGGCAGCCCCCCCGCAGCACCGACACCCCCCCUGCCGCCGCCGCCCACCGUUUCCUACCGUUGGGGCGAGUACCUGCCCCCGCCGUACUCCGCCAGCCCCGUGCCCUACGUCUCCCCCAUGGCGUCGCCCUCCGCCUCCCCGCUGCCGCCGCCGCACCCGCCCAGGCCCGGCUCGGCCACGCCCUUUCUCACCUUCACUCCGCCACAGGGGGAGGACUUCCUGUCGCGCAGCGUGAGCCCCAGCGGCGGGCCGGUGCUUGAAGGCUGGCUGAGUGAGGGGGAGAGCGCAGAGGGGGAGCGGGGUCGGGCGGCCCGGGGCAGCAGACAGAGUAGCCCUGCAGAGUUUGUGAAGAACGAGGCCGACCAUCUGGGACGGAUCUCCAGGAGCCCUGUGAUGCCGUACGACAUCCAGGAGAACAACAAUGUUAACUCAUUUGCGCAACCCCAGUCCCACAGCAGCAGCCCGGAGCCCAGCCGUCUCAGCUAUGGAAUUUUCCAGGCUUUGUACAGUUAUGUGCCUCAGAAUGACGACGAGCUGGAGCUGCAGGAGGGAGAUCUCGUCAGCGUCAUGGAAAAAUGCGAUGACGGCUGGUUUGUCGGCACAUCAAAGAGGACAAAACAGUUUGGGACUUUCCCUGGGAAUUACGUGAAGGAAGUGAAACUGUAACGAUAUCUAAUCUGCCUGUAACACACGGUUGCCUGUCAAGCUUGGGGAAGUUAUUACUACUGCGCAUGGCUGCUGGGUAGAAUAGUCAUCUGGCCAGGCGAAUACGUUUGUCUGGGGAAGUGGUCGGUGCGGCCGGAGGGAUGUGGACGGACGGCGGAGGGGACGGCGCUCUCACCGCCCAAACCAUCAUCACACGUUUCUCACUACUGGGAAGAAUCCAUCCGGCUCCAACAUGUGGGGAUUAUGUCACUCGAAUUAGCUGGUGUUGCACAGAUUAUAGCUUCCAGUAUGUCCGUGUGUUGAUGUAGCACCUGGUCUAGAUCACCACAUCACAGUGGAUCUUAUUACCGAAGGACUUCGGAGGAGGAAAACCGUCAUUUCUUUUGUGGAGCCACCUUUUGGGAUCAGAGGUGUGGAUCAUCAAUCAUGGAUCUUCUUAAUUUAAAAAUAUGAAAUUUACUUCCCAGAUGUGAAAUUUUGUCUGUCAAACAGACUUUCCCCUUUAAUUCUGAUUGAAGAAAACAAUCAUUUUGAGUUUAAAGGGCAUAUAUCAUUAUUAUUAAAGAUGAUCUAUAAUUCUUCCUUGAACAGGUCUGUGGCCUAAACAAAACAUGUUCAUUACAUUUUUUGGACAAAUCUUUCUUAGAUGAUGAGAUUAUAAUCUGCUCAGUUUCAGAAUGAGCUACUUUAGGGCUCAGCUGGUCAUCCCCCCAACAAAUCAAUGUUUACACUUACUGCUGCAAACAGAUGCCUAAUUUUACAAACAUACUUUGAAAAGCAGUAGUGGAGCCUCCUGCACAACCAACAAGACUGCAUCAAGUGGCUUCAGAUAUUAAUGAAGAAAAAACGUCACAGGCAGUUGCUGGUAAAAGAAACUGUUGACACACAGCUCUAGCUGUAAAUAAUUUCUUAACUUCAAUCUGAUUUUUCUAUUAUUUUCUAGAAUAUCUUUGUAGCAAACAUGCUAACUCCAUCCUCUUUCCAUUUACUUGCCUUAAAACAGGGAAGUCAAACAUUUUCAUUUUUGGCCGCAUGUAGAUCAUGAAUGUCUUCGAAGGGCCAGUUGUUGCAGAAUGUAUUAAUAAAACUAACCGUUAAUCUGUUGAAACUUAUCUACGUUUAAUUAGUACUUCUCAAAAUGUAGGCUUGUUUUAACUUCUUUUCACACUGAUGUAAUUUGGUCCUAUACAAAUGAAAACUGAUUUGUUUUUGAUUAAAUAAUAUUUAAGUACACAACUGGUAUCUUAAAGUUAAAUUUAUUUGGCUCUCUACACUCUAGCGGGCCACAUAAAUAGUCACGGUGGCCAGAUUUGGCCCGCGGGCCGUGAGUUUAAUACCUGUGCCUUAAAAUGUUUAUGUGCAGAAAACAUUAUCUACACUAACCAAAAUACAUUAUCCAUAUAUGGUUGUACCUUCCUGUUUUAGGGAGCGUGGCUUGUUAGAAAGGAGAUACUUUUCAUGGAGUUGAAACCAUGAAAGUCUCGUUUUGUUUCAGAAAAUUAUCUUAAAGUUUCUUAUUCACUUGGAAAACAAACAGAAGGUGAGGUACUUUAGAUAUUAAGUUUUCUACCUCUUCAGUAUGAUGAUAUUUGCCCUUUAACCAUCUGCAACGUUAGCGACCCCUACUGGAACUGGUCUGAUUUUGCUUCUUUUUUUUUUUGGUUAUUUGAAAUCACCUUAAAUUCAGUGUUGUUGUUUCUUAGGGGAGUGUUAAAGCUGUCACACCUCUGUGUAAUCCUAACGCUUCAGAUACCGCUGCAGUAUUGCCUUGUUUUGUUUUUUUACCAGACAUUCUUCUCGAUGCAGUCGGGUGCAUGUGUAGAAACAACAAGCUUAUUUAAAAUGCUAUAUUUAGGCCCGAGCAGCGAAAGCGCUGCGAAGGCCUGUUGUUUUCUAUAUUGUUUCUGUAGCAAACACAAUGGAGGACACGCGGACUGUGUUGCAUGUACUCUACAAGUGAAGCGCGCGCUUUUGAUCUGAUUUGAUUAAGUGAUGCCUUCAGCACAACUACCAGACGGGCGUGGUUGCACUUAACUUCCUGUUUGUCCCCAGCUAACACGAUAAAAGCAGAUUAAUCUGAUGACCUACACUGCAAAAUCACGAUACUUUUGGUUUAGUUUCUGGUGUAAAUAUAUUAAUACACUUAAAAAUGAGACAAAGCUAACAUAGAGGAAACUUUUUAGAAUGAUAUAGGAGCUUGUUUUAAGUUAACAAUUCCUUUAAUAUUAAAGAAAAAGUUCCACUGACAACUGGCACCGUGCCGUUACCUAGCAACGCCAGUCAAGCACAGCCUGUCGCCUAGCAACCCAGUUCUACUUCCACUAGCAGAUUAUUUCAUGUGUAACAAUACAUUUUUUCAAGAAGUGAAAUAAACUGCCAGGGAAACUCGCACUUUUUUAUUAACAUUUACUUAAAACCAGCUCCUAUAUAUCGCUGAAAACUUGCUUGUAAGUCACUUUUACCUUAUUUUAAGUGUACUAAGAUAUUUCCACUAGGAAUACUUGGUAAGAUUUUGUAUUUUUGCAGUGUACUGCUAUCUAGUUUUAGUCCAGGAAUGUGACUUUUACUGAUUGUUGUAGAAGUUUGAACCACAUCCUCUGUGAUCAGAUUGUAUCCACACACACGAGGCCUUCUGAAUACGAGCACGUCUUUGUUUUUCUUUCUGUAAACGUUCUGCAUGCACUGUAAAACCAAACUGGAGCAUGAAAUCCCAUCUCAACCCAAUUCCUCUUCCCACAGAGGUGGUGACAGGGUUCCACUUUAGAUCCUCUGAAAGCAUCAGAGCCGUCUUCCUGUGUGACAAACGCCACAUCCCACAGUUAAGCUACCUACAAAAACAAGGAUUAUUAUUGAUCUUUUUUUUGUGUGUUUUCUUUAGAAUCCAUCUGGUUUUUGUCUGUCUCAGCUCUGUGCAUGUUAGUCCUGAACAGAGCUGUCGGAUUGUUCUGCAGAUACCCGUAGAUCUUGUUAUGACCUGCACAGAGCAGCAUGACGCUGUAGUUUGAGGGUUAUUUGCUAAACAGGUAUUUUUAAGCUGCUUUGGUGCAUAUCAGGGCUCUGUGCAAAGAUUAUAAUAAUCAUUUCUCAUUUACAACAUAGCAGACCAUCAGUAGUUAUCCCUUUGUACAGUGCCUUGAAAAGUAUUCACACUCAUACUUUUUUUUUUACAUUUUGUCAACUUCCAGUCACAAACUUCAAUCUGUUUUUAUUGAGAUUUAAUGAAAGAUCAACACAAAUUAAUUACGGCAUAAUUCCAGCUUACAUAUGGAAACUAUGAGGCUGCGUUCACACAGCAGAAUGCGACGCAAAUUGGAUUUUGUGUGCAUAUCCACAGCAGUGUGAAAGGCCCAAAUGUAUGGAAGAGGAUUAGGGCCACUGUAAAAAAUGUAAAUAAAAAUUAGACUUUUAACUCAUAAUUCUGAUUCUGUCAAUCUGCGUCAAAUUCCAAAUAUUCUGAGGUGGAUGUCAAUUAUGUGCUUAGCUCAUGAAAAUAAUCACAUUAUGUGUCUCUUUCUUGUAACUGGAUUUGUAAACCUGCUUUUGUCCUCACUGGAAGCCUGUCACAAAUUUAAUUGGUAUAUUUGAGUAUUAAAACAAGAUUUGUUUAUGCAUGGUGCAUAAACAAUUUAAACGAUUCUGAUUCGGAGAAAGAAAGUCAGAAUUUUUAUUUAUUUAUUUUUUUUUUUGUCAGUCGCCCUAAUCCUGUUCCGUACAAUUUCAUCCAAAAACUAAAAACCAUCAGAUUUCUGCUACUUCAUAUGUGGAGCUAAAGUGGAUUUGUAUUAGUUUUCAAAACAUAACCUUAUUUUUGCACAUUCUUUACAAAAUAGCUCCAUCUCACUUUGAAUGGUCUUGCAAAAAAGAUCCUCAAUUGGAUGCAAGUCUAGACUUUGACUAGGCCAUUCUCACACAUAUGUAUGCUUUGAUCCAUCCAGUCGUUGCUUUGGCUGCUGAAGGUGAACCUCCACCCCAGUCUAAUGUCUUCUACAGUCUCAAGCUUUUUCUUUUGUCCAUAAUUUUUUGUUUUUAACCUCUCUGAUUCCUGCUCUCCGUCUCCAGUGUGUCUUACUGUUUUUAUUUUAUUUUAAUUUUUCCUGAUGUGUCCUCUGUGAGAUCUUGUUGCUGUAAACCUCUCUGUUAUUUCCUGCCGUGUUUCUGUCUUCCUGAUGCUUUUUGUUCACUAACCAUCCAUCACACAACCGUUGGAAUUUGUACUGACAUUAAAUACAGUCAUUUAAAUAUGAUUUUUAUUUAUUCCACUCCACAAAAACAGAAAAUCUUGUGAUUUAAUACGUAAUCUUGAUCUAGUUUCUAGUGCAGAUAUCUCAGUGCACUUGAAAUAAAACUAAACUAACCAGUAACUUUUCAGCAAGAAACAGCAGCUUCUUUUAAAUCAGUAAUUUCUAAAUGUGGGUUUUAAAAAGUUCUAGUUCCACUAGGAGAUUAUUUCCCUUAUUUCACAAUCCACUGGCCUUGUGCUGUUACCUAGCAACACCAGCCAAGCCAACCCGUUACCUAGCAACCCAAUUCUAGUUCCACUAGCAGAAUAUUUCACCUUUAAUAUUUACCCCAUGUUACAAGUGAAGUAUUCAGCCAGUGGAACUAGUGAUUUUUCAUCAAUUUUAAGGAAUUAUUUACUUAAAACAAGCAUCUUUAUCUCACUGAAAAGUAACUUCCUUUGUACAGGAAACCAGACCAAAUUGAUUUCACAGUGUAUCCAUUAAUUUGUGCUGAUCGUAUAAAAUCCCAAUUGUUUUUAUUAAAGUUUGUGACAAAAUGUGAAAAAGAAAUAUACUUUAGAUAGAAAUCAUAAGAAGGAAGUAGGAGAUGUAAAUGAAGUUUGAUUUGUCUCCAGAACAAUCAGUGUUCCCAUUUCUUUGGGGUUUAAUUCAGUUUUUCCCUCCUGCUUUGCCAACAUAGCUGGACUGUUUCCUCAGCUAGUUUGUGAUAAUACGCUGCACUGUGGGUUUGCACUGAUAUGACGUUCAUGUUUUGUUUCACCACAGAGGCCUCUACCACAUGUUUGUUCCUCUAUAACCUCAGCUUCACAUCAACGUGUCUGGCUGGUUGAGAGUGUGACGACUUGUAGCUUUGUAAACUUCCAUUAUAUAUAUAAAAAAUAGAUUAUUUUAACACCUGAUGUAAAAAUAGGUCAGUCGGAAAUACAGCAGUGUUUUUGUGCUCUAUUGUGCUCCAUACAGCAUCAGGGGGUGAAUGAAUGUUUGCAGAUAUGAAUGUGAUGCAGGCAGCGUUGUCCAAACUUCAUCCUAAAUGAGAAAAGGAAAUGUUGUAAAUAUGUAAAAUAGAGCAGAUAGACUGUAAAGGGCAGGAGGAUCAGAUUGUUCUCUCUGUCUCAGAUUAUUUACCAUGAAGGAUUUGAGGCAAAGCACAGAAGGUUUCAUGUUUUCACGUUCGCUGCCAUUAGUGAGCAUAACGAUUUACAAAAUUCUGCCUCAUUAGCUGCGUUUUCGUUAGAAAUGUGCGCAAAACUUUAAUAUUCUCUAAUGUCGGAUAAAACACAAUUUAGUAAUUGCCGUGUUUCCAUUUAAUAAGAAACGGAAUUAAAACCACACGUGAAUAAGUUUGUUCACACAAUAAAUCAUUAAAAACAUGCUGCGCCACGAGCCUCCAACUGCUUCCUGUUUUCUUCUUCUUCGUGGUUUGUGCCAGUGACAACAUCCGGUUGUUGAUCAUGUGACUCGUUUGACGCAAAGAUAUUGUUUCUAUAGCAGUUUCGCAAAUAAAACCAACUUUGAUAUGUCCAUGAAACACCUCACCAUAGCGCCAAACUUUUUUUAAAAUUGCGCAAUUAAAUAGUGAAUGGAAACGCAGCUACUGUCAUUUUUAAAAUUUUGAUUUACUGAAAUAUAUCUGGUCAUAAUUCAGUGUAACCAUGAUCUGUUUAUACCAGAACCUAAGAGUGUGACACAGUGCUUCAAAAUAACGAUUAACGAUUGAAAUAAUUGGGGUAGUUUGAUGAGAUGCACAACCUGCAACAGGUUUGGUUUGUUUGCUUCUACUUGCAGUGAUGUUAAUUAACAAUAUUAAAAUAAAGAUACCACACACGGCUGUGACUUCGGUAUUAUGCAAUAUUUAAUAAACGAUUUAAAAUA